AUGGCACACCUAGAUGGAUACGUACCAAAUUGUCGCACUCUGGCGACUCUGAAUCAGCGCCCUUCUCCCAGAGCAAUUGAGUUAUUCCAAUCUCCCGCCGAAUUUCUUAUGGCUAUCCAUGACGCCGUUGAAAGUCAUGGCUCUCAGUACAUUCAUACAGGAAUUCCUCAUGGGAACAUCAACUCGUAUACCGUUUGGCUUGGAACGUCCUCGGUCUGCUCAAAUAAAAUGGGUAUAUUAAUGGAAUCAAAUGUCCAACAGAAAUUGUUUCAAUCAGUCAACAGACUCUCUGAGACGGUUUUAAAGGAGAAACCAACCGCUCGUUUGGACUACGUUGACGACUUGGAGUCCUUCUACUAUCUCAUCGCAUGGCUGGCCAUGACCUACACCGAUGGAGGCAUACAAUUAGCUCGCGCAUCAUAUCCUCCGAAGUUAGCUGCCUGGGCGGCUUUCCCUGAAAGUCAUCAGUCCGUUUUAGAAAAACGGAUUAUGCUUGAAGGGUCAGGUUUCUCGGAAUACUUCAAGGCAACAAAAACUUGCGUUGGCGGCAAGAAAUACGUCAAAAUCUUUUACAACUUACUGCGAUCUCUCCACACCUUGUUAAAGCUUAAGUAUAUCGAAAAGUCCAAGGGAAAUCUCGACCAUUUGGAAUUCUACUCUGUGUUGAAUUUCUACGACAAAUACUUGCAUUUCUUGAAGAUAGCGAUCGAGAAGACUAAAGUGGUUGCAAGGGAAUAUUCAGGGGCCUGCCAGACUCCCAACAGUCGUGAACCCUCAAACUCGAGGCAUCCACGUCCCAUCGAGUCAUAUAAAACCAUCACCGAAUUUCUACUAGCAAUUCACGAUGCCAUAGAAGGGCAUCAGAAAUACUUUCUUGAAACAGGAGAUAUCCAUGGGAACGUAAACCUGGAGACUAUAUUCAUUGGCGCCCCAUCUCCCUGUUCUAAUCGACGAGGUUUUCUAGGCGACGCGUCUCGAGUAGACCCCGACCCUAUGUUUCAAUCAGUCAACAUCGUUUCGAAAAGCAUCAUUGAAAGGCAUUUCAACUUCGAGCCUGACUAUCUGGACGACCUGGAGUCCUUUUACUAUGUGAUUACCUGGCUUUCGUUUGCCUUCGUGAGCCCUGGUAUCCGAAAGCCCCUCAAAGAUCUUCCGCGACUUUUAGCCUCUCUGUCUGCUAAUCCUUAUUCGCGCGACGCGGCCCUAUUGAAGGAGCAUAUACUUUUGAAAGACGGUUUUAGUGGCACUUGUGGACCAUUCAAUGCCUUCCAGCUCAAGGACCUCGGUGCAGACGAAAUUCUUGGAUCCUUGAUCAAUUCGCUUCACAAAAUCUUGAAGAACGUAUACCAGGCCAAACUAGGGCUCGAACAAAAUAGCAUGAGGGAGUCAUUAAGAACUUCUUCAGGUGUCUACUAUGCCUUCCUUUGGGAGAUCAAGAAAUCGGUGUACAUGUUACAGACGGCCUACCCAGAGGCCACAACAAACGUUUGA